CAAAUUCAAUAUUUUUAUUUUGUUUUCUUUAUCCAAUAAACAAUGGUUUCUUUUAUCAAAGAGUGAGAAGUGAGAUCUUUCCUUUUACACAGCCCUCUUGUCUCUAUUUUCUCUCUAUCUCUGCCCUUUGAAAAUCUUUUUCUUCAAUUUAGAUUUUGCCAUCAAUUCCUUUACUCUUUAUUAUUAUUUUUUUAUUUAUAAAUCUUUAUAAAUUAAAUGCAUUUGAGCCCAUUUGUGGAAAAGUGCCCACUGUAGGUGUUGGGUUUACAGGGGGGCUUUAACUUGGCUUACAAGUGAUGUUUUUAAUGCUGAUUGGAGCUUUUGCUGAGUUCAUGACUCCCAUUACCGGUAGGUGCUUUGGGAUGCGUGUAUGAAGUUUCUUCUAUUGGGCGACUUUCCUGCUCUCUCUUUCUCUCUCUACAAGGAAGUCAGUGGGUUUAGUUUUACAACAUUAUAGGGUUUAUGGGGGUUGUUCAUUUUUGUCAAGGGUUUUGGUUUCAGGUGGGGACGAGAGAUUUAGUGUGUAUACUUUACUGGCUUCACUAAUUUAUUUAUUUUGUUUAUAUAAAUGCUUCACUUUCAAGUUGCUAGUUGGUUCUUAUUCUUUUUUCUUCUGAUUCUCCGCGCUGCUUUCUGCUUCAAGUUUCUCACUUUUUUGUAAAUGGGUUACCACUUAUUUAUUUGGGUCUAUGAAUCUCUUAAUUAUUGUUCUUGAGAUUUGAUUUCUGGUGGAGAUUGGUGUUCUUCUCCCUUUCUGUUGCUUUCGUUUGCAAUUUGCGUUUCUUUCUAGAGCUCCUUUGGGAUGUUGGUUAGCAAGUUUUUUAAUUUGGAUUUCCUUUUGAAAAUUGUUGCCUACCCAAAAAAUACAGCAGCUUCAUUUUGGAGGUUUGGCUUGAUUUGUGCUGGGGCUAAGCUUUAGUUUCAGUAAUGAUGAUGGUGUUGGGCAUUUUUUCAAUGACUUUCCUCAGAUGGGCAUUCUUUAUUUUCUUUCUUUGUUCAUCUUUGGGUCUCAAAACCUCAUCUCAAUCUUGUGAUCCUGGUGACCUUUUGGCGUUGAAGCAAUUUGCUGAAAAUCUCUCAAAUGGGUCAAUUAUUACAGAUUGGUCCAACAAGGCGAAUUGCUGUCAAUGGAAUGGCGUUUUGUGCGGAAAUAGUGGCAAUGGUUCUACUAAUAGCAGAGUAAUUAAGCUAAUUUUGCCAAAAAAGGGUCUUAAAGGAAUCAUUUCGUGGUCUUUGGGCCGUUUAGAUCAGCUGAAAUCACUUGAUCUUUCCUGCAAUGAUUUGCAAGGUGGAUUGCCUAUGGAGUUAUCUAGGCUGAAGCAGCUCGAAGUUCUUGAUUUGAGCCAUAACAUGCUAUCAGGACGGUUUUCAAGGGUGAUUUCCGGGUUAUUGUCUAUUCAGUAUCUGAAUAUUUCAAGUAACCUUUUCAAAGAGGAUUUAUCUGAAUUUGGGGGAUUUCCAAAUCUUGUUGUGUUCAAUAUAAGUAACAAUUCAUUCACUGGCAAAUUCCCUUCACAAAUUUGCGGUUCCUCUAGAGGGAUUAAGAUUCUUGAUUUAUCAAUGAAUCAUCUUGUGGGCAACCUUGAAGGUUUAGACAAUUGCAGCAAAUCUCUCCAGCAAUUGCAUUUGGACUUCAAUUCACUUUCUGGCUCCCUACCAGAUUCUUUAUAUUCAAUGUCAGCUCUGCAGCAAUUGUCAAUCUCCAACAACAAUUUCUCUGGCCAACUAAGUAAACAAUUGAGUAAGCUUUCUAGCCUUACAACCUUGGUUAUUUGUGGAAAUCGGUUUUCGGGCUAUAUUCCUAGUGUGUUUAGUAAUCUUACACAACUAGAACAACUUGUUGCACAUUCAAAUAAGUUAUCUGGUCCACUGCCUUCAACACUGGAAUUAUGCUCAAAGCUUAGUGUACUUGAUCUAAGGAACAAUUCUCUAUCUGGUCCAAUUAGUCUUAAUUUCACUGCAAUGCCUAUCCUUAGUACUCUUGAUCUUGCCACUAACCAUUUAUCUGGACCACUUCCAAAUUCCCUAUCUGAUUGUCAUGAAUUGAAAAUUCUGAGCCUUGCUAAGAAUGAGUUAACUGGCCAGAUCCCUCAGAGUUUUGCAAAGCUCACGUCCCUUUUGGUUCUCACUUUGUCAAACAAUAGUUUUGUGGACCUAUCCGGGGCAUUAUCUGCAUUGCAGCAGUGCAAAAACCUUACCACUCUUAUCCUCACAAAGAAUUUUAUUGGAGAGGAAAUUCCCAGAAAUGUUGGUGGGUUUGAUAGUUUAAUGGUAUUGGCACUUGGAAAUUGUGCUCUCAAAGGUCAAAUACCAGAUUGGCUGCUACGUUGCAGGAAGUUACAAGUUCUUGAUUUGUCAUGGAAUCAUUUGGAUGGCAGUAUCCCUACUUGGAUUGGUCAGAUGGAGAAUUUGUUUUACUUGGACUUUUCAAAUAACUCUCUCACUGGAGAGAUUCCAGAAAGUUUGACAGAGCUAAAGAGCCUCAUUUCUGUGCACUGCAAUAAUUCCAAUACUUCUGCUCUCAUUCCACUAUAUGUAAAGAGAAACCGGAGUGCAAAUGGUUUGAAGUACAACCAACCCUCAAGUUUUCCUCCCUCGUUAUAUUUGGGCAACAACAGAAUAAAUGGGACAAUUUUGCCUGAAAUUGGAAAUUUGAAGCAGCUCCAUGUUUUAGAUUUGAGCCGGAAUGAUAUAUCUGGGACCAUACCUGACUCCAUUUCAGAAAUGGAGAACUUGGAAAUUUUAGAUUUGUCAUCCAAUGAACUUCGUGGGUCAAUUCCUCCAUCAUUUGAGAAGCUCACAUUCUUGUCAAAGUUUAGCGUGGCUAAUAAUCACUUGAAGGGGCAAAUUCCAACUGGAGGGCAGUUCUCUAGUUUUCCUAGUUCAAGCUUUGAGGGUAAUCCUGGACUAUGUGGAGGAGUAGUUUCUCCUUGUAAUGUCGUUACCAGCAUGCUGAAGCCUAGAAUUCCAUCGGGUUCCAACAGUAGCUUUCGCAGAGGGAACAUUCUGGGGAUAACAAUCACUAUUGGAGUUGGCCUUGCAUUAUUUCUUGCAAUUAUUUUGCUUAGAAUGUCAAGAAGGGAUAUCGGAGCUCAAAUUGAUGAUAUGGAUGAGGAACUCAGCCGACCACAUAGAUUAUCUGAAGCCCUAGGGUCUUCCAAGUUGGUGCUUUUUCAGAAUUCAGAAUGCAGGGAUCUUACUGUUGCAGACUUGUUGAAGUCUACAAAUAAUUUCAAUCAAGCUAACAUUAUUGGCUGUGGUGGAUUUGGUUUGGUUUACAAAGCCAACCUUCCUAAUGGAACCAAAGCAGCUAUCAAGAGGCUUUCUGGGGACUGUGGUCAAAUGGAACGUGAAUUUCGAGCUGAAGUGGAAGCACUCUCAAGGGCGCAGCAUAAGAACCUUGUUUCUCUUCAAGGUUAUUGUCGUCAUGGUAAUGACAGAUUAUUGAUUUACUCGUACAUGGAAAAUGGAAGCUUGGAUUAUUGGCUACAUGAAUGUGUUGAUGGUACUUCAUUUCUUAAGUGGGAGGUGAGACUCAAGAUAGCACAAGGCGCAGCCUCUGGGUUAUCUUAUCUACACAAAGUUUGUGAACCACACAUAGUUCAUCGGGACGUCAAAUCUAGCAACAUAUUAUUAGAUGAAAAAUUUGAAGCUCAUCUGGCUGAUUUUGGUCUCUCAAGGCUACUUCGACCUUAUGAUACUCAUGUUACAACAGAUUUGGUAGGCACCUUAGGUUAUAUUCCUCCUGAAUAUAGUCAAACAUUGACAGCAACCUGCAGGGGUGAUGUUUACAGUUUUGGGGUUGUUCUUCUUGAGCUUGUUACUGGUAGAAGGCCUGUGGAAGUCUGUAAAGGCAAAAACUGCAGGGAUUUAAUCUCCUGGGUGUUUCAAAUGAAGUCCGAAAAAAGAGAGGCAGAGAUUGUAGACUCAUCAAUCCGGGAUAAAGAUCUUGAGAAGCAGCAGUUAGAAAUGCUCGAAAUUGCCUGUAGAUGCUUAGACCAAGAUCCUCGGCGAAGACCUGUUAUUGAUCAGGUUGUUUCAUGGCUAGAGGGUAUUGGAAUUUAAAGUGCUUGACAAUGAAUUUGAUUGCUGCAUUUUGUUUCAUGCUCAUUAGUUUCAGUUUGAGAGAAGGUAUACCUGUAAAGCAAAUAAUACUUUUUCAAGCUAUCUUCAAGGUUGGAAGCUGGAACAAGUCCUUGACCAAAUGACUGUUUUUUCCUUUCUCCGCCUCUAUAGAAACAAUCCUUAGUAUUGUUUAAUGUAAAUUAACAAAUGAGCUGUGUAUAAAAUUGGCUCUUUCGGCCAUUUUAUAUUAGAAAUAAGCAUUAUAAGAUUAUCUUCAUUUUUGUAUAAAUUUUCUUUCUUUUUCUUACUCUGAAUAUUACCAUGUGAAAUUCAAAGCCUUCUGAUGUCUUUUUCAUAGCAA